AUGGAACAACCGCCUGGAUUUGUUGAUCCUCUCUAUCCUACUCAUGUUUUCAAGUUGGAUAAGUCUCUCUACGGCCUUAAACAAUCACCCCGGGCUUGGUAUACUAAGUUGAGUACUUCUCUGCUACACUUGGGAUUUGUUACUUCUAAGAAUGACUCUUCCUUAUUUAUUUGUCAUUCUUCUCAUUGGUUACUUCUUGUUCUUGUCUAUGUGGAUGAUAUAAUCGUCACUGGGAGCUACUCUACUCAGGUUACUCACCUUAUCCAACAGUUGCAUCAUCAGUUUUCUUUAAAGAAUCUUGGUCUUUUACACUAUUUUCUAGGCUUGGAGGUUCAUCGCACCCCUAUUGGUAUUCACCUCAACCAAGCAAAGUAUAUCAUUGAUCUCCUUACCCAGGCUACUAUGUUGGAUGCCAAGCCAUGUCCCACUCCUAUGUCCUCUAACACAAAUCUCUCUUUUCAUGAUGGAGUGGUUCUUGAAAAUGGUUCAGAUUAUCGAAGUUUUGUUGGUGCCCUUCAGUAUUGUACCAUGACACGCCCAGAUAUAGAUUUUGCAGUAAAUAAAGUGUGUCAAUUCAUGCACCAUCCCUCUGAUAUUCACUGGCAGGCUAUUAAACAUAUUCUCUGGUACUUAAAGGGCACAUCUCAUUUUGGUCUCUUCCUACAGCCUUCCUAUGACUUCAACAUCACUUGCUAUACAAAUGUCGACUGGGCUUCCUGCCCCGAUGACAGGCAUAGCACUAGUGGCUACUGCCUCUUUCUUGGCUCCAAUCUGGUUUCUUGGGCAUCUUCCAAACAAAAAGUAGUCUCCCACUCCAGCACCGAAUAA